CCUGAGAACUGGACAGACACCCGGGAGACCCUGCUCGAGGGCAUGCUCUUCAACCUCAAGUAUCUGGGCAUGACACUGGUGGAGCAGCCCAAGGGCGAGGAGCUGUCGGCUGCGGCUGUCAAGAGGAUUGUGGCCAUGGCCAAGGCCAGUGGGAAGAAGCUGCAGAAGGUGACUCUCAAGGUGUCGCCCCGGGGGAUUAUCCUGACCGACAGCAUCACCAGCCAGCUCAUUGAGAACGUGUCCAUCUACAGGAUCUCCUACUGCACAGCGGACAAGAUGCAUGACAAAGUAUUCGCCUACAUUGCCCAGAGCCAGCACAGCGAGAACCUCGAGUGCCACGCCUUCCUCUGCACCAAGCGCAAGAUGGCCCAGGCUGUCACCCUCACAGUAGCCCAGGCCUUCAAAGUUGCCUUUGAGAUUUGGCAGGUGUCCAGGGAAGAGAAGGAGAAGAGAGAGAAGGCUGGCCAGGAGGCAGGAGACGCCCUGGGCGGGGGCCUCCGGGACAGCACCCCUGCGCUGAAGAGCCUGGUUGCCACUGGGAACCUGCUGGACUUGGAGGAGACGGCCAAGGCUCCGCUGUCCACGGUCAGCGCUAACACCGCUCACAUGGACGAAGUGCCACGGCCUCAAACCUUGAACAACAGCAGUGUUGUCUGGGAGCUGGAUGACGGCCUGGACGAAGCGUUUUCCAGGCUUGCCCAAUCCCGGACAAACCCUCAGGUCCUGGACACUGGACUGAGCGUGCAGGACAUCCACUACGCCCAGUGCCUCUCUCCCACCGACUGGGACAGGCCUGACAGUGGCAGCGCCGAGCAGGAUGACCUCUUCAACUUCUGAGGCCUGGGCUGGCGGGACCCGUGAAGGACCAAAGCACCCGGCGGGGGCCCCUGGAGGGGGCCCCCCGCCAGCCUCCUCAGCCAGCAGCACCGUCCACUUGCAGAUCAACGCUGCAGUCCGUCAGCAGGGUUUUUUGUUUUUGUUUUUGUUUUUAAUCCUGCUCUUUCUCUGAGAACUGAAAGAUGCCUUGAAUAUUUAUUUAGUGACUCCAGGUUCAGUUGAGAAGCCAGUUCUGCGUCAGGCAGGACUCCUGCAUGACCGGCGCAGGGACAUCCCGCCCCGGCCCUCACGGCCCACACAGCUCCGCGGUGGGUGUCAGGAUGGCGGCCAAAGCAUUUCUUGUCCCUGCCCUCCCCUGAGGACCCAGACUCCUGGGACGCUCCUGCUGAAGUGGUUGGAUUGCUCAUCUUUCGGGUACAGGAAGGGACGCGUCCUGAGCCUGCCUCCCACAGCGGCCCUGUGGGCCUAGGCUUAGCCCUGGGACUCCUGGAGCAGAGGGGCAGCCCCUGACCAAAGACUCGGCACUAGGUGGCACUUUAAAGGCCCAGCAGGUGAGGCCGGGCUCUGCCUGGAGCUCUGCAGGUAGCUUCUUUCUGCCCUCGUCCUUGAGGAGGCCCCGGGGCCCGGGGCCCCGCAGUGUGUGCAGCCAGUCUAGGGAGCCGCCCGCAGGCUCCCUGGCCUGACGGCACAGCAAGGUCUGCGUGUGGCUGCCUGCGGGCCCCGACACAGCCGGCUGCCGCCUUCUGGCGUCCGCUGGUCCGAGCGAGGUGUCUCUGAGGCCCCAACUCUUCGUGGGGCCAACGUGUGAAACCUAACACCCAGGCUCCUGAGCACCACGCCACCUGCCAGACAGGGAAAGGGAGGCCAGGCCGGAGGGGCGGAGGCAAGAGCGGAGCGGGACCUGCCGCCAAAGGCCGUCUCCCCGCACUCGCGCUCACGCCUCCCUGUUUUCUGGCUUUGUUGUCCUCCCAGGAACCAAAAAGCCCCAGCUAUUUUCUGACCAAAAUGUGUUUCAUAACAAACCAUCUGGUGCCUUUCCACACAGAACUGGCACGCGCCUCUGCGCCCGGCUAGCUGUCUCGCUGUUGAUUUCCAUGAAAAUGGAAGUGUUUGAAGUCUGUAAUUCUGAGGGUGAAACAAAACCAAACCCCACAGGCUGUUCUUCCCACUCCAGGUCAGGCGUGCCCGCAGCAGUCUGUCCUCAGCACCUCCCUGCCUACCCCCCUGCCCCCCCAGAACUGCCCACACCCCCAUCCUCAGGUGCCAGCAGGCCUGGCUGUGCUGGUUGGAGGAGGUUCCACCAACCCAGAAAACUCGCCGUUCUUUAAAAUCUACUUUCCCGAGCACUUGAACCAAGGCUCGUGAGAGACAAAGGCCUGGGUGAGGGGUCAUAGGGUCUUUGUCAGAGUACGGGGAUCCCCCUUUCCCACCCAGCUUCUGCAGCCUUGCUGCGCACCCCGAGCCUGCUCUCCUCCCCGUUUUGUCACGAGGCAGCAAGGGCUGGGCCUGACACAGGCCAUCUUGGCACGAGGGCCCAGGACUCUUGAGAAGGGCCACGCUGUGCUUGCGUGCUCACGCUGGCCUUGGUCCUGCCUCUGGCCAGUGCCCAGCGUGCCACGUGUGACUGUAGAUAAGUUUUGUGCUUUACUUUGUGUUGCUGUAAAGGAGUUUCUAA